GUGGGUGCUGCUCCUAUGUGUACUGCUCCUGGCUGUCCUCUAGUUCUGUCCUCUAGUUCUGUCCUCUAUUUUUGUUCUCUACUUCUCCUCCUCGUGGAUGCCUUCUGAGACAGAGUACUGUGGAACAGAUGGGAAAAGUAAUGCACUGGACGCUUGGCCUGUCAGCGUGUGUUUGUGAGUGCGUGCUUGCAUGCGUGUGUGUGUGUGAGAGAGAGAGAGAGAGAGAGAGAGCGAGAGUGUGUGUGUGUGUGUGUGUGUGUGAGAGAGAGAGAGUGAGUGAGUGAGAGUGUGUGUGUAUCUGUGUGAGAGGAGAGAGUGUGAGUGUGUGUACCCCUCUGGCUCCUGGUGAACUGAGGAGGUGUUAUGCCAUCCAGCGCUGAAGUUGUCUCUCUUGGAUCGGGAGGAAGAGGGCCAGUGGCGGAGGGGGCCAUCGGUGGAGACGAGCGGCUCAGUUUCAGAAUAAUGUCUUCAAAGCAAGCCACCUCUCCGUUUGUCUCCGUCGCCGAUGGGGAGGAAGCCAUGAGUCAGGACCACCUGUCCUGGGAUAAGGAGGAGAGUGCCGAGGCCCACGGGACGCCCCAGCUGCCCCUGCACAGCCUGCUCCACAGCAAGGGCUCCAUGGACGAACUGCAGCCCCUCAGCAGUGUCCCUCCAGAGAGUGACUGGGACAGCAUGGUGUCAGCCCAGCAGCGCAUGGAAUCUGACAGCAAUAAAGUAUGUUCCCUGUACUCCUUCCGGAAUAACUCAACCUCCCCACACAAGCCUGAGGAGGGGGCCCGGGAGCGCGGCGACCUGCUGAGCGGAUCUGCAUUCGGAACGCCGGAGCGCCGCAAAGGAAGCCUGGCCGAUGUGGUGGACACACUGAAGCAGAAGAAGCUGGAGGAGAUGACAAAGUCAGAGCAAGAUGAAUCCAGUUGCAUGGAAACACUUCUGUCAAAAGACUGGAAAGAGAAGAUGGAAAGGCUCGACACCGGUGAUCUUCUGGGAGAAGUUAAAGGUACUCCAGAGAGCCUGGUAGAGAAGGAGCACCAGCUGAGCACCAUGAUCACUCAACUGAUCAGCCUGAGAGAGCAGCUCCUGGCCGCUCACGAUGAGCAGAAGAAGCUGGCCGCCUCACAGAUGGAGAAACAGAGACAGCAAAUGGAGCUGGCCCGCCAGCAACAGGAACAGUAUUAUGAAGAAGGGUGUUCCAUGAUUGCCAGACAACAGCAGCAGCUUCUGCAGCAGCAGCACAAAAUCAAUAUCCUCCAGCAGCAGAUUCAGGUCCAGGGUCACAUGCCUCCGCUCAUGAUCCCUAUUUUUCCACACGACCAACGCACCCUGGCAGCAGCCGCCGCAGCCCAGCAGGGCUUUCUCUUCCCACCGGGAAUCUCUUACAAGCCAGGUGACAACUACCCGGUGCAGUUCAUUCCAUCCACAAUGGCAGCUGCGGCAGCGUCAGGACUCAGCCCCAUCCAGCUUCAGCAACUGUAUGCCGCCCAGCUUGCCAGCAUGCAGGUCUCUCCUGGAGCCAAGAUGCCGCCACUCCCCCAGCCUCCCAACAACAGCGGGCCCAUCUCCCCCUCCGGCCUAAAGAACGACAAGAGAUCCUCCAGCCCUAUCACUCAAGUCAAGGAGGAGGGAACGCAGCCUCUCAACCUGUCCGCCCGGCCCAAGACGGCAGAGCUGGUCAAGUCCCCCACAUCCCCCACACACAGCCUGUUCUCAGGCAGCAAGACCAGCCCCAACAGCCUGUCCAAGAGUGGCAUCCCCAGUCCCCUCGGAGGCAUGGGCCGUGGGUCUUCUCUGGACAUCCUGUCCAGCCUGAACUCCACAGCGCUGUUCGGGGACCAGGAUGCGGUGAUGAAGGCCAUCCAGGAGGCCAGGAAGAUGAGGGAACAGAUCCAGAGAGAGCAGCUGCAGCAUCACCAGCAGGGCAUGGAGGCCAAGCUCUCUGCCCUCACAGGCAUGGGCCUCAACAACUGCAACAGGGCUGACAAGAGCUGGUUCACUGAGUACAUUGAGCGGGCACACUUUGAGAGCCUUGGUCACCAUCUUAGCAAACUGGGAGAGGAUGGCAAAAUUGGCCACAGAGUCAUUGACCUCACCAGGCCAGAGGAUCUGGAUGGAGGUGCCAGCACAGCCGAGGCACGGGUCUACAGAGAAGCCCGGGGGAGGAACAGCAACGAGCCCCACAUCAAGAGACCCAUGAACGCCUUCAUGGUGUGGGCCAAAGAUGAGCGCCGCAAGAUCCUCCAAGCCUUCCCAGACAUGCACAACUCCAACAUCAGCAAGAUCCUGGGCUCCCGCUGGAAGUCUAUGACCAACCAGGAGAAGCAGCCGUUCUAUGAGGAACAGGCCCGUCUCAGUAAGAUCCACCUGGAGAAGUACCCCAACUACAAGUACAAGCCCCGGCCCAAGAGGACCUGCAUCAUCGACGGGAAGAAGCUCCGCAUCGGCGAGUACAAGCAGAUGAUGCGCUCGCGACGGCAAGAGAUGAGGCAGUUCUUCACUGUGGGGCAACAACCGCAGAUCCCCAUCAGCACCAGCGCCGGCGUGGUCUACCCUGGGGCCAUAACCAUGGCAACGACCACACCCUCCCCUCACAUGACGUCGGAGUGCUCCAGCGCCUCAGCAAGCCCGGAGCCGGCCAUUCCCGUCAUCCAGAGCACCUACAACAUGAAGAUAGAGCCCAGUGCCAUGUUAACCAACGUCCCCAUCAUCAACGGAGAGGUAGAUGAGAUGGACAUGUACGAGGACUUUGACGAGGAGCCCAAAUCGGACUACAGCAGUGAGACUGAGACACUGGAGCCCAUCGUCAGCGCCAACUGAGGCCUCUCACCACACGAGCCGAGACAUACACACAUUCGUACUGGAGAACCAUCCCCAGGGCGGAAGACUGACUGAAGGAGGAGAAACAGAAGAAAAAUAAAUGGUUGUGUUGAUUUAUCAUUUAGGAGCCUGCAUGCAUAUGUGGCUCCGUCAGAAUCAACAGCUAAAGGUCUUAAAUGUUUCUUACAGUGUGUGAAGCAGUUUGGUUUAGUUCCUUUUGUUUUUUAUUAUCUCAUCUUUUAUUGUUUGUGUUUUCUUCAUGGACAUUUACACAAUUAGGUUAUUGCCCAUACAACUUUGGAUGACAGGACUUGAAAUGUAACGUUUGAUAUGAACCCAUAAUUCUUACAGUCUUACUUUUUUCUUAUGAUAUAUAUAUAUUAUUUUUUUCUCUUCAGUUAAAUGCUUUUAAUAGAUUUCAUUACUGUUUUUGAUGGGAGUUAUAUAUUCUCACUCAGGUAUGCUGUGCCAGCCAACAGCUUGUGAAUGUUUUAAAUACCAAUUUAUUUGAAACUAUUUAGAAAACAAAAUAUUUGGAAAUUCCUAUUAACUAAAAACAAACAAACAGAACAAUUCCACAAUUCUGAGACAUAAUCAGACUCCCUUAUUAUUAAUUGUAUUAGGAUUAUCAUUAUUAUAAUUAUUAUUGGUAUUAUUAACAUACUGUACAAUUUUGUGCAGAUGUGCCAAACGUUUCAAGGUUUUUUUCUUUUCUCUUAAAUCAUUUGUUUGAGUCUCGAGGGAGAGACUCGAGUCUUAGACAAUCUCUUAAUAUCUUAGUGCGGCUUCAAAAUCCAGUUUCUUUAUAUACCUUCUAUAUUGAAACACUCAGGAAUCUGGAGACGGUGUGCUGUGUCUAGGGCAGGAACAGGAAGUGAUGCAAUAGCUUCAGGUGUGAUUGUUCAUAAUGGCAGCUGUUCUCCAUGGAGACCAAUGCGGUGACCAACAGGCCCUUCUCUCCCUCUCCCUCCAGCUCAUGUCACCAGCCCAGUCUGACACAGAGCACUAUAACACUCCCCUCACACUCUCUGCUCAUUCUUCAACUCAGUCUUACCAAGUUCUUAAUCAGAGUGAUUGUAAUCAAGCCAGAAUUCCAAGGGGCCAAAGGCAUCCAAUCUGUGGGAUUGGAAAGGCAGCGAAAGGCAGCUUUGGGGGCAUUAUAAUCACAAAUUGCUGUUUUACAAUGUGUAGCUACAGUACAUUUGGUUAAACACUUUAGCCCCCACUGGGGCGGCAAGUUUUAAAGUGUUUGG